AUGAGGCGAAGUACAUGUGUUCCCGUGCCGAGAUGUCGUGCAGGACGACCACGCAAGAGGGCGUUGGAAUCUCUGGCAACGGAGUCGCUAGAGAGAUUUGCUGGAAUUGAGCCUGUCAGUCAGGGACAUACUCCUCAUGGUACUGCGGGCGCGUCGGGCUCUCGGAUCCCGACAGUUCUUUCUCCAGAGUUACCCACACCUACAGUAUUCACUGUACCACCAACAAUACCACCUGAGACAUACCUGGCCCCUCCACCAGCAGUGUCUGCUACUGCAUACCCGACACCUCCUCCACCUAUGCCUACGGCGUACCCGACAUCACAGCCACCUGUGCCUGCUACUGCAUACUCAGUCCUCGUACCAGAAGUACCAGUCACUCCUCCGGUACCACCACCUACCGUACCUCCAACCCCUACUGCCUAUAUUAACCUUGUAGUGCAACCAGUGGUACCUAUCCCGGCUUAUGCAGCAACACCAGGGGUACCCUCCCCAGCCUAUCCAGCAGUACCACUUGUAGUACCAGCUUUAGUGGUUUCGUCAAUUCCCGCGGUGAUUCCUGCUCAACCUACUGAUUUGAUCGUGGCACGAGCUCGGAUCUCAGCUUUGGCAGAGUCGGUGAAAAGUCGAUUCACAGUGCUCCGUGGGGAGAUUGAUCCGAGCGUGGCCUAG